AUGGCGCAGCCAUCCCAGUCGGCAGACACCUCAGUGCAGCUUCCUAAGGAGGGCUCGCGAGGACCUCCUACUCCACCGCCAGCCUACGCACCUCCUCCCCGUUUGCCUCGUCUGCACGCAAGCCUGAUCUCAACCUUCAACCGCAACCCCAACAUGAGCAUCACGCAACAGUCUCUGCCCGCUUCGAUCGCCCUGUUCGACCAGGCAAACGAGAUGGAGGACGACGACGAGGGCCGCUCGCCCAUCGCCAUACGCAUCUCGACCGCACUCCGCGUCGCCUCCAACCACAACCUCGUCUGCGUGAGCGCCAGCCCGGCUGACCACGCUGGCGCCAUUGCCAAAGCCGUUGUCGCCGCCAUGAAUGACGCCAGCACCGCCAACUGCGGUAUCCCCAUGAUCGACGAGGACGGCCGCCCUCGACCGAUCCGUAUUGAGGUGGACGCAGGCUUGGACGUCAACGGCUCUGGCAACGUGAUUGGCCCCGAGAGGAUUCUCCUGGAGGUGCUCCGCCAGAGGAACGACGCCAAGAAACGCAGUGCUCCUGCCUCGUCUGCCGAUAUGGCUGAUCAAGCCGCGCGGACUAAGAGAUCGCGUAGCGUCUGA